CGGGUCGCGCGCGCCCACUCCGCUUCCCACGCGGCGCGCUCGUCCCGCCCGGCGGCCCCCCGCGGCCUUGCCAUGGCUGACCUGAGCUUCAUCGAAGAUUCCGUCGCCUUCCCGGAGAAGGAAGAGGAUGAGGAGGAGGAGGAGGAGGAGGGCGUGGAGUGGGGCUAUGAGGAAGGUGUUGAGUGGGGCUUGGUGUUCCCUGAUGCCAAUGGGGAAUACCAAUCUCCUAUUAACCUAAACUCCAGAGAAGCUAGAUAUGACCCCUCCCUGCUGGAUGUCCGCCUCUCUCCAAAUUACGUGGUCUGCCGGGACUGUGAAGUCACCAAUGAUGGACACACCAUUCAGGUUAUCCUGAAGUCAAAAUCAGUUCUGUCUGGAGGACCUUUGCCUCAAGGGCAUGAAUUUGAGCUGUAUGAAGUUAGGUUUCACUGGGGAAGAGAAAACCAGCGUGGUUCUGAGCACACCGUUAAUUUCAAAGCUUUUCCCAUGGAGCUGCACCUGAUCCACUGGAAUUCCACUCUGUUUGGCAGCAUUGACGAGGCUGUCGGGAAGCCACACGGCAUAGCCAUCAUUGCCCUGUUCGUUCAGAUAGGGAAGGAACACGUCGGCCUGAAGGCUGUGACUGAAAUACUCCAGGAUAUUCAGUAUAAGGGAAAGUCCAAAACAAUACCCUGUUUUAAUCCUAACACUUUAUUACCAGACCCUCUGCUGCGGGAUUACUGGGUCUACGAAGGCUCUCUUACCAUUCCACCUUGCAGUGAAGGUGUUACCUGGAUAUUAUUCCGAUACCCUUUAACUAUAUCCCAGCUACAGAUAGAAGAAUUUCGAAGGCUGCGGACACAUGUGAAGGGGGCUGAGCUUGUGGAAGGUUGUGAUGGAAUUUUGGGAGACAACUUUCGACCUACUCAGCCACUGAGUGACAGAGUCAUCAGAGCUGCAUUUCAGUAGCCAAAGAGAACAUGAAUGAGCCCAUCUCCCUCAGGGAGGAAGACAGUGAUCCUGUGGUGUGCCCUUGGACGGAAAUGGAAGCGUGUGAACCGAAGCCUCACUUUAUCCCUGCAGCCCGCAGCGUCUGUCUUGUCUAAUGAGCUUUGCUGGGCCUCUAUGACACUUGCCUGUACAAUGCUGUAAUGAAGUAGUAGAAGUGGCUGUACAUUCAGGAGGAGCCCCACAUUAUAUGUCCAUAUACAUUGCACACCUACUGUUUGUGGCUUAUGUGUAGAAAGAAUGAAACUAGUUUUCAGAAUUUAUAUCAACAUGAACAUAUAACGUAUUUAAUAUUGAGAUAGACAAACAUGCAUUUCUGGCAUUAGUAGUCUUCCUUUCCGGUCCCCAACAGAAAAGUUGUUCAUGUUGAGACUGGUGUAAUUCUUGACAAUAAAAUAAGAUCUUUGAUUAAGAAUAGCCUAGAACUUUACAAUGCACCGAGAAGGAUUAGUAAAACCUAAAUGAUGGUAUUUUUCAGUACCUAUACCAAAAUUAUUGUCAAGCUGAUUUGUCAUGGAAAAUAUCUUUUAAGUUGAUGAAGUGAUGUAAAACUUACUUCAUCUGUUUCUUAAAGGAUUUAAUUGGAUAUGCGAAGUUAAUAUUAUGAAAUAUCUGAAGCUGUGGCUUCUAAAAAAUUGAGAAUGGCAUAAGAGAUGAAAGGAUGUAAAGAAGAUGGGUAUUACACACCAGGAAUAGCUUUAUUUUCCACAAAUAAAAAUAUGAAUUUAGAAGUGUCUUGUUGUAAUUGAAUGCUACAUUUUAUAAAACUCCAAUGUAUUUUAUUAUAUAGAUUGCACUUUGAAAGCUGGCCAACGAUAGCCUUCUUUUAAUUAAUUUUAAGUACUGCUCACAAAUUUGAGCAUAUACCUAUUGUUAGAUGUGACAGAAUGAGAAUUUAUGUAAAACGAUAGCGUCCCUGGCAUAAAGGAAGAGCACAAUGACUAUUACUUGUUAUAAUUGUUGUAAAAUGAAUUACUAGAGUGCAGUCUGACUUUGGAGGCAUGUGUAAUAUACAGAGCUAGGAAUGCCAAAAUGUCUUUUAGGAGAAGGUAGAAUAAGUAUGUACUCAAAGAUUUUAGAUGAGUUGUUUUAGUGGUAGCAUAAAGAAAUAACACAAUAAGAACCAUAUUAGACAUCCUUGAAAGCAGAAACCAAAAGGUUUCGUGUGGAGUCCUAGACCGGAAAGAAAAAGGACCAGAGCAGCAAAAAACAGGAAGUAGGGCUUGUGGGGGCGGGCAUGGAUUGGCAGUUCUUGAGCACAGUUGCAGCAACAGGCAGGACUGUUGAGAGGCAGAGGCCCUGGGCACUUGCUUUCUAGGUCAGAGCAUCCGCCAAGGGGGAAAUGGCAAAGAAGGGUAUAAAAAGCCGGAUUCACAGUGGUAUCUUUCAGACUACUACAGGUACCGUCAUGGGCAAACAUGGGCUGCAGAAGUUGUUUCCUUUGUGGUGAACCCCAAAAGAUGAGUCUGAAGCCCU